UGCUGUCCUCCUGUGCCCACACUUCUCCAUCCGCUUGGGCUCCACUCAGCUGCGGUGGGCUGGGUGGGACGUUCAAUUUCCCCCCCAAGAAUUCAGUGUUCUAGACUGUUUGUCCGUAAAAGUAACUUUGUUUACGGUUAGCUUUCUUGGCUACUUGCUCCUGCUACAUGGCCAGCUAGCGUUACGAAGCUAACCGUCGUUAGCCGCGGAGCCGGGGGUGAAGUGAAGAGCCGAGGGGAGCGGAAUGGCAAGAAUUCACACCGGUUCCCCUUCCAGAAGAGGUCACGACUGAAAAAAGUAAACAUUUACUCUUCUCCCAGAAUCACCGGUUGUUGGUGUUCCUGUAAUUCCCAUCAUGGUGCAGAAGUAUCAGUCACCUGUGCGGGUGUAUAAACAUCCCUUUGAGCUGGUGAUGGCGGCCUAUGAACGCCGCUUCCCCACCUGUCACCUCAUCCCCAUGUUUGUGAACAGUGACGUGGUGAAUGAGGAGACGAGCGAGGACGGCUCCACCAACAGGAUCGAGCGGCGCUGUGCCCUGGAUGUCGAUGCCCCACGUCUUCUUAAAAGGAUUGCUGGUGUAGAUUACGUGUACUUCAUCCAGAAAAACACUCUGAACAGAAAGGAGAGGACUCUGCACAUUGAGUCUCACAAUGAGACGUUUUCCAACAGGGUCGUUGUCCACGAGACCUGCUGCUACUCAGUCCACCCAGAGAACGAGGGCUGGACAUGUUUCGAACAAACGGCCAGUUUGGACAUCAAGUCCUUCUUUGGCUUCGAGAGCACCGUGGAAAAGAUCGCCAUGAAGCAGUAUGCCAGUAGUAUCAACAAGGGAAAGGAAAUCAUCGAGUUCUACCUAAGGGAGCUGGAGAGUGAGGGCGUGACUCAUGUUCCCCGCUGGACCUGUUCCUCCGUUUCUCCUGCUCUCCCUGCGCCAAACAGUCUCUCCGCCAGCCCGCCUGAACUCCAGCACCCCAGCGCGCCCGCUGUCUCUGCCUCGCAGCCUGCUGACACCAAAGAUGGCCCCGCACAGGAGGCAAAGCAGGAUACUGGAGCUCCUCAGGCCGACAGCCUGGUGGAAAUCCUGGCUGGUACACCUGAAGAUAAACUGGAUGCAGAUUACAUCAAACGCUACCUUGGCGACCUGACGCCUCUGCAGGAAAGCUGUCUCAUAAGACUUCGCAAAUGGCUUCAGGAAACCCACAAGGGAAAGAUCCCUAAAGACGAACACAUCCUGCGCUUCCUGCGGGCCAGAGACUUCAACAUGGACAAGGCCCGGGAGAUCCUGUGCCAGUCUCUGACGUGGAGGAAGCAGCACCAGGUGGACUACCUGCUGGAGACCUGGAGCCCUCCGCAGGUUCUUCAGGACUACUACACCGGCGGCUGGCACCACCACGACAGAGACGGUCGUCCUCUGUACAUCCUGAGGCUGGGCCACAUGGACACCAAAGGCCUGGUGCGCGCUCUCGGAGAGGAGUCUCUGCUCAGACACGUGCUGUCUAUCAAUGAGGAGGGCCUGAGGCGCUGUGAGGAGAACACCAAGGUGUUUGGUCGUCCUAUCAGUUGUUGGACAUGCCUGGUUGACCUGGAGGGGUUGAACAUGCGUCACUUGUGGCGACCGGGGGUCAAGGCGCUUCUGAGGAUCAUUGAAGUUGUGGAGGCGAACUAUCCAGAGACUCUGGGACGACUCCUUAUCUUGAGGGCACCAAGAGUCUUCCCAGUCCUCUGGACUCUGGUGAGCCCAUUCAUUGACGAAAACACCCGAAAGAAGUUCCUGAUCUAUGCAGGCAAUGACUACCAGGGUCCUGGAGGGCUUGUUGAUUACAUAGACAAGGAAAUCAUCCCUGACUUUCUAGGAGGAGAGUGUAUGUGUGAGGUACCAGAGGGUGGCCUCGUUCCUAAAUCCAUGUACCGCACACCUGAGGAGCUCGAGAACGAAGAUGUCCGUCUCUGGACCGAGACGAUUUAUCAGAGUGCCAGCAUCUUUAAAGGAGCCCCGCAUGAGCUUGUGAUCGAGAUCAUCGACGCCGCCUCAGUUAUCACCUGGGACUUUGACGUGUGCAAAGGCGACAUCGUUUUCAACAUCUACCACUCGAAGCGAGCCCCCCAGCAGCCACGCAAAGACCCCCUGGGGGCCCACGGCAUCACCUCGCCGGGAGUCAACAACGUCCAGCUUAUUGACAAGUCCUGGACUCUGGGGCAAGAUUACAGCAUGGUGGAGUCCCCUCUGACCUGCAAGGAGGGGGAGAGCGUGCAGGGCUCCCAUAUCACUCGCUGGCCGGGUUUCUACAUCCUCCAGUGGAAGUUUCAUAACAUGCCAGCCUGCUCGGCCACCAAUCUGCCCCGAGUGGACGAUGUGCUGGCCACCUUGCAGGUGUCCUCACACAAGUGUAAAGUCAUGUUCUACACCGAGGUGUUGGGCUCUGAGGACUUCAGAACGGCUUGCUGUGAUGUGCAGAGUUUGGGUUCGAUGACCAGUUUGGAAUCGAGCCACAGCGGUUUUUCUCAGCUCAGUGCUGCUACCACCUCCUCUAACCACUCCCAGUCCAGCUCCAUGAUCUCCAGGUAGAAACCAGCAGCUCUGGACCCUGAGCCCCCCUCACUCCACAGCCUUUAUCAUCAUCGUGGAAAUCUCCUCCUCCCCCAUGUUCCCUCUCAUCUUUGGACUCUAUCGCACAAAUAAAAGAUGAAGAGUUCUGACACCGAGGCAAAAAAACAACAAAAAACUGAAAGAUUUAAAGGGCUGAUUUUUGCACAUAGGUCAUAUAUUUUGGUGUUGGACCAUUCACAGGAGGUUUGCUUGGAGGUCAGCGGGUGAAGCUCUGUGGAAGUGGAAAGAAGCAAUAUUUUCAUCCCAUUGGUUGGGAGAGAGACACUGGAAGGCGCUGUUACAUUUAUGCAUUCACUUUAGCAGCCACUUAACGCAGUACUGAGACGACUCAUACCUCACUCAUACUGUUACAUUAAAACACACAGAUGUUUAUGACAUGCACAAGUGAAACGUUUGCCACAUUGUUACUGGAAAAGGGGGUUUGUGUUACUAGUUAGUUGUUUUAUAGGUCAAAUGUUGGUGGUUUAAGCAUCCUAACAGACCUGACUCCAACAUCCACUGCUAAUGAAGUUCGCAGCGCUACUGCCUGACAAAUUUCUACACUUAAAGGAGAAACUUUCCCACCUUGAGGAGCGGUUGGAUAUUAGACCCAGGUCUGCUAGCAGCAAUAACACAGGUUGGACUUUCUAAUGUGCAAAAUAUUUAUAUUUAUUAUUUAGAUGCAUGUGGAGUAGUGUACAAGCAGACAAAAAGAAAAUAACCAUCACUAACAUCACUUCUACAUUUUGUUAGAGAGGUUUGCUCCUGUCUGCACGAACGUGGAACUCGGAACAAGGAACGAUGCCUCAUCUGUGAUUGGUGAAUGUACCGCUGUCUGCUAAGCCAAUGAUAUUCCAGAGUUGGAAGAGCGUUCCACUUCUUCGGUGGUGUGGAUUUCGAGAGUGCAGAUAUAAGAUGAUGACAUGAACUGUGUUACUGUACAUGUGUUGGUUUGUGACUGUGCUGUGGAAACGAUUACAGAAUGGGUGCAUUUCUGCAGGCACCUGGGGGUUUACUGACUUAUUAUUUAAGAAUUUAAGAGAGCCAUUUUUAAGAGCCAUGUGUCCAUAAAUACCAUUUUAGCCUUUGUAAACAUCACUUAGAAAUGUAUCUGCUAUUUUCAAGGUGACCACUGGCACAUUUCAAAAUGCAUCACUUCCAUGAAACAGUUUUUGAUACAGUUUACAUCAUUAUAUAUUUAAAAAAAGAAAAAAAAAAGAUUUGGUGGAAAUUUGCCUCCUGAAUAUAGCCGUUUUUGAUAUCCAUAACUGCUCAUUUGUAACCAAUAGUAAAGGUCAACGGUUGUUUAAACGACAUUAAAUGCAAUAAGUUGAGGAAAAGGAUCUUUUGUGAAUGAGGAAGUGUGUGUGAUGGUGUAAAAUAAUGAAUGUUUGCUGUAAAGUGGAGGAAAUAUAUCUAAUAAAAUGUUUAACACUUUUUGACCCGGUAAGCAAAUAUUUCCCUGCUCUUGUCUAGUUGCACUUUGAGAGCUGAUGUUCUAAUCUUAGAAAUUUCCUUUCUAUUUUCCUUCUGUGUGCUUUUGUUUUGGUUCAUCAUUGGACCUCGGCUUAAGUCCAGUAUGAAGAAGUGUGUUCAUACCGGAUGCCAGGUCUCCAUGCUUUGCUGAUGCUUUUCAUCCAGAUCUCAGUCAUAAACGAGGGCUAUAUAACUGUUUGUCUCGAUUGUUCGACACGAUUCUGUCUCCCUGCUUCCUUUGCUGGCACCACUGCAUAUCUUCUCUGUACCUCCAUGUAGGAAACUGUAUUUUAAAAAAGGAAGAAAAAAAACCUGCUGUGGAUGAAUGAGAACAUGUCGCCUUUAAGUUUUGAAGUCAAUAAACUUGAAUUAUGGAAAAAUUUGAA